CUUUUCUUUUUUUUCUUUUUUUUCUUUUUUCCUUUUUUUUUUUUUUGAUACUUUAAAAGUGGCUUUAAUUUUUAGGUAGAAUGUCUAAAAUGGAGACAUUAGAUAAUUUAAUAUCCCCAUCAUUUAUUUGCUUGGGGUACAGUUGCUGGCGUUUAGGUUGAGAAUAUAUUCAUCAAGCAUAAUUAAUGCCCAUUUUACAAAUCACCUGUUAUUGUACACAUUCACAAAAGUCAAGUAAGAUAGAGCCACCAAACCAAAUUUCUAAAUUCUGAUUAAUAAAAGUAAAUGUGUGUACAUUUUUGGUAACCUAAGCCAAUUGUGAUCGAGGAUGGCUAUUUCUAUCUAUAUUCCUGAGCUUUGUUUUAUUUAGUCAUCCUUCCAUGUUGGUACUGCAAAGCUGGAUGUUCUUCCUGCUUACUAAAUACCAGAAUUGCAUUUUGUAGGAUCCUUUAAUUUCAAGCAAGGGUAGGUAGCAUAAAUUUCAGAUUCUUUCUCCCAGAAGCAAGACCACAAAUUAGAUGUGGGGAAGUGGGUUAAUUUUAAUGAUAUCCAAAGUAUGCAUUGAUUAGUUUUUUUUUAAGACUACUUUUUUUUUUACAUGGUGCAUUUUUUUAAUCAUUAGUAUCUGAGAGUUAAUACAUGUAUUGAUGCUUAGGACAUGUAAAUUCCUAGUCAUUUUUAAACCAUUUCUUGUCAGUUUUCACUAAUUUCUAGUACCUUGCUAUAUGCAGAAAAUAAUUGGAUGCCUUUCUCAAUUUGUGGUAAAUUUUACUGCCUUGUGGAUUUUAAGGUAUUUAAGGUGCUAAAGUGAUUGUUUGGUGGGAAAAAAAAGUGAUGUAGUUGUCGAGUAUCUGAACUUCAUAGGAUACUAAAGCAAGUUGGCAGAAAACUAAAAGGGCAAGAAAGCCUGGCAUAAGAACCAAAAGACAGCUAUAUCUUAGGAAUGGGAAGAACAAAAAAUGUUAGUAUUUUAGUUCCAGCUGUAAGAAAGUUAAUAUAGCUGCUUUCUUUUAAAUGAUCAGUAUUAAUAUUCUAGAUAGUAAUGGAUUUAUUUUGAAGGGCUAUUUUUGUUUCUUUGGUUAGAAACAUAGAUGAUGCUUGACAGUAAUUUGUUCAGUUCUUGUUAUUUAGAUUCAGGUAAUUCCUAGCUAAUGUAAACUGUAACCCUCUUCAAAAUAGAUGAUCAGAAUUUACUUGGAUAAAAAUAAGGUAUUUGUGUACUUUUUUUCUUUAAGCUUUCCUUUGAGAUUAGUUCUGUAAUGAAAGAGCACUUAAAAGCUAGAUGAGAAUAAGAACACGUUGGUGGAUUAUACGGUUGUGUAUUAGGAAUGUGGAGUUGGUGCAUUAUGAACUCUGCCCCCCCUCAGUGGGGAGCUAAGAACCUUUUGUUUAAAUAAGCAUCCCAGUAAUAAUAUCCAUUAAACUAACUUUUAAAACCCUAAGAUAUUUAUAAGGUGUAUUCUAAAUUUAGCCAACAUUAUUUUUAUUUAUUGAACUCCUACUGUGGUAGGCAUUGUGCUAAGAACUUCAUAUUGAAACUGGUAACAUUUCUAUUUGGGACUCUCAGUCAUGCUGCUUUUAUUUUAAUACUCUUAGUUCUCUGGAAUAUUUGAAAAAUACCUGAUGGAGACUCACUUUGUUGUUGUUGUUGUUGUUUUUCUUUGAUCCAGACAUUUCGUUACAUCCUCUCCAUUUUAAACAAGAGUUCUGACCAAUAAUGCAUGAGAGAUUUAUAAUCUGUUGAAUAAGCAACCCAGUUACUACCUAGGACUAAUAAUGUUUUCAUUUUGGAACACCUACAGGGAAAUCAUAUCUUUAGAGUUAUAUGCUAAAGGGGUGUGUAUGUACACAUAUACACACAUAUACACUUUAAAAAACUGAUUAAAAUAAUUUCAGGGAUCAAAGAAUGAAAAAAAUUUUAAUAUCACAUUUGAAAAUACAUUUUUAAAAUCCUUCUUACAUCCUUCAAUAUAUAAUACUUGCUCGCUCCAUUUGAUUAAAUUAACUUUCUUCACACAUUAAAGUCCAUCCUCUUAUGAUAGCCCUGUUUGCCUUUGCCCCAGGCUACCUUCGGUUUCCCUUUUUUUGGCUUAACAUCUUUGCCCUGAUAAAGCUGUGGUUUCUUUGGCAAAAAGCCAUUCUUACUCUUUGUAUGGGAGAAUAAACAAACUUACUCAGAAUGAACAGUACAUGCUCAAAAAUAGAGAAAAAAGUAGCAAUUAUUUGGGAGCUGUUUAUUAAAGCAAUUAUCUGAGCCUUUAAAGAGCUGCUUGUUUUACAGUGUUAUAUAAUGGCAUUCCAGGAAAGUUAGAUUUCUUACUCUCUCGUCUAGUAUACAUUGUCUUGAGCAUUAUCCGAUUUAGAGACCAUCAAUAGACACGGGACUCUUUAAUAUUUAGUCACUGCUCUGAACACAUUUUCUGUGAUAUAUUUUUCUUUACCCUGUUGUUCUUUUUUUCAUUGUAAUUGAGUCCCCUUCAACUUUAGCCUUUUACUGUGUGUGAAAUACGUAGAGAAGGGUAAAGCAGGGUGAGCUACAAUUUCAGCUUUAAAACUGGAAAUAACAUUUUUUAGAAAACUUCUAAGAAAAUGCCCAAUAUUUGAACAUUAAGUGGCAGUAGGGACUAAAUGAUCACUUUCAGAUGUUUUCAGUGUGGAACUUGAAUGUGUGUUUAAUUUUUUGUGAACAGAUUGAUGACUCUUCUGCGUCUAUUUCUCUGGCCCAGCUUACAAAGACUGCCAAUCUGGCUGAAGCCAAUGCUUCUGAAGAAGAUAAAAUUAAAGCAAUGAUGUCGCAAUCUGGCCAUGAAUACGACCCGAUCAAUUACAUGAAGAAACCUCUAGGUCCACCACCUCCAUCUUACACCUGUUUUCGUUGUGGUAAACCUGGCCAUUAUAUUAAGAAUUGCCCAACAAAUGGGGAUAAAAACUUUGAAUCUGGUCCUAGGAUUAAAAAGAGCACUGGUAUUCCCAGAAGUUUUAUGAUGGAGGUGAAAGAUCCUAACAUGAAAGGUGCAAUGCUUACCAACACUGGAAAAUAUGCAAUACCGACUAUAGAUGCAGAAGCAUAUGCAAUUGGGAAGAAAGAAAAACCACCUUUCUUACCAGAGGAGCCAUCUUCUUCUUCAGAAGAAGAUGAUCCUAUCCCAGAUGAAUUGUUGUGUCUCAUCUGCAAAGAUAUUAUGACUGAUGCCGUUGUCAUUCCCUGCUGUGGAAACAGUUAUUGUGAUGAAUGUAUAAGAACAGCACUCUUGGAAUCAGAUGAUCAUACAUGUCCAACAUGCCAUCAAAAUGAUGUCUCUCCUGAUGCUUUAAUUGCCAAUAAAUUCUUACGACAGGCUGUUAAUAACUUCAAAAAUGAAACUGGUUAUACAAAAAGACUACGAAAACAGUUACCCCCACCACCACCCCCAGUACCACCUCCGAGACCACUCAUCCAGCGGAACCUACAACCUCUGAUGAGAUCCCCAAUAUCAAGACAACAGGAUCCUCUGAUGAUUCCAGUGACAUCUUCAUCAACUCACCCAGCUCCUUCUAUGUCUUCAUUAACUUCUAACCCGUCUUCCUUGGCCCCUCCUGUGCCUGGAAAUUCAUCUUCUACCCCAGCUCCUGUACCUGAUAUAACUGCGACAGUCUCCAUAUCAGUUCACUCAGAAAAAUCAGAUGGACCUUUCCGGUAAGUCUGUGUGCAGCUCUCACUGUUCAGAAACAAGUGAGAUCAGUAAUACAGUUUUUUAUUGUUGUAUGUUGCUCUAGCAGUUGUAGUGGACUGCAGUAUGUAUCAUCCUUGUGAAUCAUU